AUGGGGGACCACGACGGUGAGCUCUUUAAGGAGCUUGAAAGCACCUACUGUCCGCCAAUUGAUCCUGCAUUGUUUGUUGCGAUCGUCUCAGACUUUGACUUGGCGAUCCCCGCUCAAGUUGAACAGUUGCAUGAAACCCUAGACGUGCUGAACGCGUCUGCUGUCGAGCAAGAGGACUUGCCAUUUGAUCCCACAGGCACAACCAAUCUCCGAAACUCUGAUGUCUCAGGAUCUUUGAUCGAUGAAUCAUCCAACGAUGCUCCCUCAGAUUUUACAAGCUGGCCAUCGCUUGACGAUCCGGAACAAGAUGGCAACAACCCCGACAACGUCAGUCAUGAGGCUCAGAGGCUCAGAGGCUCUAAGCUUGCAUACACAUUCUUGGGUAUGACGACUGCUGACAAGGCACAAAAUUUGAUCAGCAUGUUCCCGAGUAUCACCCGCCUAGAAGCUGAACGCAUUCUUGAAGACUGUCACGACAACCUUAGUCGUUCCAUGGAUGUCUUGCUCAAUCUUGCUUUUAUCGAAGAGACACAAAUUGCCAAAGCAGUUCCUCAGGAAACUCCCAAAGAGACCGCUCAGGACAGCCAAUCAUCCGUUCCCAAGUCAAUUGAUGGCUUCCAGGCGAAGGACGAUUUGAACAGCGGCGGCAAGAAAUCCCGAAAGAAGAAUAAGCAACAGAAACAACGUCGAGUCGAGUUGGCUUCUCAGGCCAUGAACAACACCGCCACUAAUAAAUGGGAGGCAGGAAAGAAGGACAUCGACUUCCUGUCCUCGCGGGCGUGUGCUCUGCAGAGGGAGAAAAUUGCAUCGACUUAUCAUGAAAACUCAAUGUCACUCUGUGCAACAAUCAGAGCCUUGGCACAGGCCCAUGCACCCAAGGACAUCCAUGAGAUUGAGGAUGACCCUGUACUCGUCACACAAGUUGGGGAGCUCAGUCACAAGUACCCCGGCGUCCAACCCACAACUCUAAUUGGCUUGAUUCGACUCUCAAAUAAUCAGAUUUCAGCCGUAGAUGACCUGGCCGACACCUUGUCUCGUCGGCCUGAUCUUACGUCUGUUUCAAAUAUCAUCAGUUUUGUCUCGUCUCCGGUCACCCUUGACGACGAGGAAGAGAAUGUGGCUCCCGCUCAGCAGAUAGAUACUGCUUCGGAUUUCAUGGACUUCAACGCCGCUGCCGCUGCCGCCAACUCUCACUUCGCAGCCCGAUCAGCUGCCCUCGCCCAAGCAUCCCAGUCCGCCCGCCGCGCCCGCUCCAACCCCCUCUAUGGAGGCGCUUCUGCCUAUUACCGGGAUGUCGGAAACGAGCAACGUCAGCUCGCCAUGCGCCAUUUGGCGACAGCUUCCGACCGGCUGGUGGCUCGCCAGUCGUCGCAUUCUGACCUGGAUCUGCAUGGCGUGACAGUCGCCAAUGCGGUCAGAAUCGCUCGCGAUAAGGUGCAGGCAUGGUGGGAUGGACUGGGAGAUCAGAAGUAUGUUCGUGGGGGAGGUCAGAGCUCCCACGGUGGGUUCAAUAUUGUGUGUGGUGUUGGUAACCACUCUCUCGACCGCAAAUCACACAUUGGACCUGCCGUGUGGAACAUGCUGCAGAAAGAGGGUUGGCGUGUGGAGCUCAACCGGGGCUCCAUGCUGGUGACCGGAACUAUCCCUAUCCGACUUGCACCGACAUUUUGCUCCUCCCGAUUCUUGUCCUCGACGCGCAAGCCUCCGCAUUCGAAGACAAGCAACAAGGUGCUUAGAGCUGCACCAACCAUUCCGUUUUUUGGUGCCUUCUUCAGUUCCAAUCACAACUCUGAGAAAUCAACCGACUCUAUGUCGCCCCCCGACCAGAGAAGUGAAGACCAGUGGAGAGCUGUUUUGAAUCCAGAACAGUUCCGUAUCCUCCGUGAAAAGGGUACUGAGCGCCCUGGCACCGGUGAAUAUGAUUCCCACUACCCGUCGAAGGGCGUCUAUAAUUGCGCUGGUUGCGAUGCGCCGCUUUACACUGCCGACCACAAGUUCAAAUCUGGCUGUGGCUGGCCAGCAUACUUUGACUCUAUCCCUGGUGCUGUAACUAGACAUGUUGAUAGCACAUUUGGUAUGAAGCGGACCGAGAUCGUGUGCACUAACUGCGGGGGUCACCUCGGCCAUGUAUUUGAGGGUGAGGGUUAUCAGACCCCCACGGAUGAGCGUCAUUGUGUCAACAGCGUCAGUCUGCGCUUUACAGAAGAUACUAGCGCUUUGAAGAAUCCUCAGCCGCAACUGUGCCGACCGCCACCUAAGAAUAAUUAG